AUGCCAGCCUUGAUGUGCCCCAUGAAGUUACGGAUAAGAAGAAGGUCAGGAAACAACAACAACAACAAGACCACGACGAAGAAGAAGAAUGAGUCGUCAUCUUCGAAGCAUGAUGAUGAAGAUGAUGAUGUGAAAGAAUGCGAGCGACAUAGUUCAUUCAGACCAAACCAACAUUCGUCUAUCACGCUUGCUCAAGAUGAUGUAGUAAUUAUUGCUACAAAGAAGUCAAAGAAGCAACUCAUUGGAUUGAUACUGGAAAGGAAGCAGCAAGAAGAAGAUCCAAAUAAUUGUCCCAUCGUCGUUCGAAAGAUAAUGGAAGGAUCACUGUUCGCCAAGACCAAUCUCAUUCCCGAUAUGGAAAUACGAGUCAUCAAUGGAAUCGAUUGCUCCAAGCUGAAGGCCAUUGCGGAAGCAUAUAGUAUUAUGACAGAAGCCGAACGAACUGUAACAAUUGUUGCAAGAGGAGAAACGAAGAAGGCAGUCGAGGAAAAUAAGGACCAGCUUCUUACGCCAAUUGUUAGACCACCAACGCGACGGUCAGCCCCAGCACAUAUGUGGCUCGAGAUGGUUGACAAUAUGAAUCAUAAGGAUAUACGACUAUUUGCAUCACAAGAACCCAACGACGAAGAGUUGCUGCUAUUGUCACCGCGGAGGGAAGAAGCAAAAGAUGAGGACAUUCUAGAAGCACCUCCGAGACCAUCCUUCAAAACUACCAGCCGGCCGAGACGAUUGCCAAGUAAUUUGGAAAUGGACAAUAAGAUAUCCUCUCACAGUACCAUGUCUGAGAUUACUCUCAAUCCUUCCCAACAUCCAGCCCCGACGCCCGAUAUCGUGAUCACGAGACCCAUUGGAUCCAAGAAUAAGAGUUCUGUAAAGUCGGUGUUGGCUGCAUUGUACCCAGACUAUGGUGAUAGUGAUGACAAUCAAAAUGGCAGCAGCAUUGAGAGUUCUUCAUCUUCGUGUCAUUCCACCACCAAAGAUAUCUCUUUCGCAUCAACGUCGUUGGUAAGCAAGGAAUCUCCACCCCGUCGAUUGCAACGCGGGGCUGUUGGUGACCUUGUUCCUCUGCCACCACCUCUCUUGAACGAUAACUCGGCCGGGCCAUUAUUCCGCGGCGCCGGUCCCAUGGAAUCCCAUUCAUUGUACGCUCCGUCGAUCCCUCGGGUGGGAGCUCGCGAUGCCAUUUGA